AAAUUACAAUAAGUUCGAAAUAAAUUAAUUAAACUGAUUUAACAGCAUGGCACUAGUUCAAAUAAAUAGAAAAAUCGUGAGUAAACAAUUUUCUAACUAAGCGGAUACAACUCUGGGAAAAAUUCCGCGUUUUUCUGAACUGGCAGUCCCAUCGAGGUAUCUGUGCUAAUAAAAACAACAACAUCUAACAAAACAAAAACAUUUCAUCAUUUGGAUUAGUAAUUUUGCGUUGUGAACUUGUUUUGAGUUUUGUACGUGUCAUUAAUAAGUAAAACUGGAAUAUAACUUGUAAGUGCCGGGUAAAUUCUGAAAUCAUCAAUAUGAGUAAAAAAGUUGAUUUCCCUGAAUUGCGUGCACAACUAGAGGCACUGAACAAUAAGGAAUUGCACUAUAAAUGUGUCGAACAUGGCAUGAAUAUACCAGUAGCCGAUUCUACUCGCGAUGUCAUUAUACGCAAGUUGAUCAAGACAAUAACCGGUGGUGCGACGGCUGCAUCACCCAAGGUCAACAAAAAACAAAAAUCUACGCCAAACGAACGACGCAAGACUGUAAAUGUGACGCUGCACGUUUCCAGUGAUGAAGAAGAACUGGAAAGAGAAAGGCAGCAGUUUAUAACAAAGAAUAGACCGCGGACACAAUCGCCCAAAGGACACAAUGUAACUUUUGAUACAUCAGUAAAUAACAAUGAACGCUCGAUUGUCGCGCCCGUUAUAACGAAAAAACAGCAAGGCAAAGUUUUUGAUGCUAAUGCAAAUGUUGGAGUUGGACUUAGCAAUAAUGCGCGUAUUAUACCUAUUGAAAUGGAACAUGAUGAUUAUAAUAUUGAGGUACGUCAAUCUGGUCCGGGCAACAAGCUAAACAAAAAUGCAAACUUGAAUCAAGGAUAUAACUUCAGCGGAAAAUAUAGCGCUACACAGCAAAGCGAAAAUCAUGGCAGUGGGUACAAAGGAACUACAUCCAAUUUAGAUUUCAACCAGUCGCAUGUUCUUAGCAAUACUUACAUGCGUGAUCACACUGAAACUCCUAUUAGUGCCUAUAAAGCCGCUUCACCCAAUUUGGGAUUUAGCCAAACACGUACGCUUAACACCACUUAUCAGCAAGAUGAGAAUGCAUCGCCAAAACAAUGCUUAUUUUCAUCGCCUCAAGAACACACUAAUAAUAGACCAUUUGGUUUUUACAACGCAGGUUCGCCAACGACCUCUUUCAAUAUUGAGAAUAUGGCCAGUCAUUCAUCGACGCAAGGCGGCAGAUUUCUUGGCUCUUCACCAACCGCAAAAGAACCAUUAUUCAAGCGUCCAACUGCUCUUUCUAAAUCAAAUGUGACUACUACGACUUACAAUCAAGCUGAUGCACAACGUUUGUACCCACGAUUACCUACAGAUUUAAUUACCGCACCAUCGUAUACGUCUUCGCCCUCCUCUAUGCCGAAUUCUCAACAAGCUACACAUUCGGGCCGGGCACCUUCCCUGAGCAAAUCAGGUGUAAUUACCACUUCAUACUAUCAGGAAAUAACACCAGUAAAAGAAGUCAAACACUUUGAAGUAGAAAAUGGCGAUGAGCCAGCAGAUGACGGCGCUGGUGACUGCGAUCGCAGCAAUGUUGCUGCUGGUACGAAAUGCGAUCGUUCAAGCUACCUUGCAGGUAUUCAGCAUGGUGUAGAAGCCAAUCUGCCAUUUGAACCUCAUCUGCAAUCUACUUUACGCGACCCUCUAUACUCAUCCCCGCGCUACAAUAGCAGUCCUCUUGCUAGAGAAACGUACGUACCCAGUGCUGCAGCAUCAAAAGCACCAUCCUCACCAAAAAUCAAAAGCUACUCCACAACUACACGCUUCAAUACAAGCUACACUCGCAGCAUCGAUGAACCCGAUAGCGGCUCGGAAGGCGAAAAACUAUCUGGGGAUGAAAUAUAUGUGCAAGAUAGUGAAGAGGAAGAAUAUUUGGCAGAUGCAAAGAAAAUUUAUAGCAGCUAUGGCAGCAAUAAAAUACAGGAACGUGUGCCCUAUCGGCGCAGUAAUACGGCAAGACUAAGCGCAGCGCCAAUGCCACGCUACAGCCAAUCACCAGCAGGACUUCGCUCAUUAAACCCAGACAAUGACGAUGACGAUGUCAAUGAGUCGCUGAAAAACUUCAUUGCUACGUUGGACCGCAAAUAUCACAUUAAACAAAUGAUGUACAUGUUCGCUAUAUUCGCAGGAGCGGUUUUCAUUUAUGUAUUCUUCAUUGAAAAGACGCCAAUGGAGGAUGACGAUGUACUGGUGGACGCUAAAGUACAGCCCUGAUGUGUAGGAAAUCCGUAAAAAUCCUAACUUUGGCAGAUAAAUUAGUUACCUAAAACAUAAUAAAAGUAAAACCUACAAGAAAGUUAAUAGAACAAAAUUUCUGUAUUCAAAAUUAAUGUUAUGAAAUAUUAUACGUAUUAGUUUUUUUAGUAGAAAUUUGUCUUUAAAAUAGGUUUUUGUUUACUGAACAUUUUUUGACAUUUAAAUUCAACUACAUACAAUAUUUGAUAGAGAUACUCAAUAUAAAAUGUAUAUGCAAAUCUAUGUCUAUAAUGGUGACCAAAUAGCAACAGUUUUAAAGGUGCAGGUUGCUUUUUUUCUUGUUUUAUUCAUUGAUAUUCGCAUUUAAUUGUAUUAGAAAACUAUAUUCGUGUGUGUUUACAUGUAUAUCACGAUAUAUUUAUUUUUCGUUCAAAGUAAUAAAGCGCUAAGACGCAUAUCAACAAACAAAAA